AUGACCCUCACAGUCCUAACCGACGACCAAAUCCGCUCGGUACUCGAAAAUCUCACACCCGGAGAACUGAACGGCUUCCGCGAUGCCCUUGUCUCAGCCCUGCGCGAGUAUUCCGCCAGCAGCGGGAAGAUCCCGGACGAGCCUACAUCUGUGCACCAACCCGAGCGUAUCUCCGUGCACAGCGCCGCGACUGGAGCCACCACGCUGUUUAUGCCGUCGUGCAAUUCCGCAGGGCACGGUGUCAAAGUCGUCUCCCUCACAUCAGCCAGCACCACAACACAACCAGCAGGAGCACCAGCAAAACCAACCAUCCGCCCCACAGGCGCCAUAACCCUCUUCACGCCCCACGGAAGUCCCCUCGGUAUCCUCCAUGCAAGCUCCCUCACAGCCUUCCGCACCGCCCUGGCCUCUCUUACCCUCAUCCAGCAGCGAGUCCCCCCUUCAGCAACCGGCUUGAGGCUUGUCCUCUUCGGCUGUGGGGAACAGGCGUAUUGGCAUGCGCGUCUGACACUCUUGGCUUGUUCCUCCGGCCCUGGCGGGCCAGGGGUCGAGAGCGUGGUGUUUGUGAAUCGGCGGGAGAGCCCGGCGUGUGGGGAGAUACGGGCGCGGUUUGGGAAGUUGAAGGAGCAGGGAUCGGGGGAUGGUGGUGGGAGUGGGCAAAGUGUGGCGGAACGGGAAGGGUGGGGUGGGUGUGUGGUGAGUGUGUUGACGCCAGAAGUGGAAGGGGGAGAGUACAAGGGGAAAUGGGAGGGGGCGUUGCGUGAGGCGGAUGUGGUGGUGUGUUGUACGCCGUCGACGAGGGCGCUCUUUGAUACGGCUGUGUUGGAUGGGGAUAAGAGGAAGGGGAAGUUGGUGGUGGCGAUUGGGAGUUAUACACCUGAGAUGAGGGAGUUACCGGCCGAGCUGGUUGAGCGAAGCCUUGGAAAGGGGGAUGGGGAUGGGGAGUCAGGUGUAAUUGUGGUGGAUACGAGAGAAGGGGCGUUGAAGGAGGCCGGUGAGUUGAUUGCGGCUGGGGCACAGCCGGAACAGUUGAUCGAACUGGGGGAGAUUGCCACACUCGCCAGCGAGGACAACACGAUGGCUGGAAGCGGGGACCAUGGUCUGUCUCAAAGGCUCCAGAAGGGGAACGUCAUCUACAAAAGUGUUGGACUGGGCUUGAUGGAUCUGUCCGUUGGGCUCCAUAUUGUUGAGUUUGCGAAGCAAAAAGGUAUUGGGACACACGUUCAGGGAUUUUAG